AUGACCGUGCGCAUUGUCGAGGUUGGACCACGCGACGGCCUCCAGAAUGUCAAGGCAGCAAUUCCUACUAGCACAAAACUACAGUUGAUCGAGCGGCUUCGCCAGGCUGGACUCCAGACCAUUGAGCUCACAUCCGUCGUUUCCCCCAAAGCCAUUUCUCAACUCGCCGAUUGUCGAGACUUGCUGUCUUCCUCUCCUCUUCUGGGGCAGCAAAGGCAACAACUACAAGGACGGUCACCCUCGAAGCCAAUCUACCGCUUCCCGGUUUUAGUACCAACCAUCAAGGGAUUGAAGAUAGCGCAAGAACACGGCGUCGCAGAAGUAGCUGUUUUUGUUAGCGCAACCGAAGGGUUUAGUCGCGCCAACCUCAACUGCUCCGUCGACCAGGGCCUCGCACAAGCGAAGGAGGUGGUGGUAGAAGCCAUCUCCUCUGGGCUUAGUAUUUUUACGAUUAACUUGGCCGGCCGGUUUAGUUAUGUCUCGUGCAUCUUUGCCGAUCCUUUUGAUGGCUCAACACCGUUAUCUGCUGUGCUUCACGCAGUGAAAGAAUUAUUUAACGCGGGGUGCUACGAAGUGAGCUUGGGAGACAAUCUCGGCGUCGGUACAGCGCCACAGGUCCGGGGACUGAUAGAAUAUCUGAAUGCGCACGGCAUUCACUCGAAUAAGCUAGCGGGCCGCUUCCAUGACACCUACGGCCAAGGUCUGACCAACGCCUGGCAAGCGUAUCAUUGUGGCAUACGGACCUUUGACAGCAGCGUCGGCGGCCUAGGAGGAUGUCCUUUCGCGCCAGGGGCCAAAGGCAAUGUCGCCACCGAGGACAUCGUGUACCUGUUCCAAAACGCGGGUAUUGAAACGGGGGUCGACCUGGACAAGCUUGUGGGCGUCGGCAUCUGGAUUUCCAAACAGCUAUCCAAACCGAACGACAGCCGCGCCGGCGUUGCUCUGUGGUCAAAGUUCCAGAAGUCGGCCGCCACCCAGAGCGUAGCAGCCGAGCCCUCGUCGGACCGUAAGACUAGCUCUUUACUCAAACACGAGUUUGAGCAAUUUGAGAAAGACCCAACCAUAUCUCGCAUCCUCAUAAGCGGGUCUGGCAAGUUCUUCUGCGUAGGCAUGGACCUGGCUGCGGCGGCUAGUGCAGCUAGCAAGGGUGGCGACGCAAGUUCAACGUUGUUGGAAGGGCUAACGAGCCUUUUUGAGGCUAUCGAGAACUCUACCAAGGUAACCAUCGCCGUGAUCAACGGCACAAGGGGUGCCAUCUCUCUCUUGGUAGAUCGGCCCGAGACGCUACAAGAUGCCGCAAACCAUUUCCUUGACGGCCUGCGAAACGCCUCGCCGACAGGAUCGAAGAUGAUUAAGCAGUUAGUCAAACUGGGCUGGGCCCAUGGUGGAAAGGCAGAGCAGCAGGAAGGGAUCUCGGCGCUAUUCAAGCAGAUGCUGCAGCCUGGGACCGAGGGCGAGCACGGCAUGAAGCAAUUCCAGAAGCGGCUCAGCCACCAGCUCCAUUCUGCAAGGCAACGUGUCAUCAAGAAUGCGGAGGAUAUGAGGGACCAAGUCAUGCUGUCGCUGAAUACGGUGGAUGAAAUUUCUUCCGCUUCCAGCGGUAUCCGGAGGAUCCGCCAAGCUUGCACCGGCUGUCGGUUAAAGAAGAUAAAAUGCUCGGGAGAGCGACCAGUCUGCGUCAAAUGCCGACGGAGCAAGCAGAAAUGCCUGUACGAGCCUUACUCGGCAACCUCGGUCCCUGGUGGCGUUCGCAGAGGGAGCCCUUCUUCCGGGCGCUUGUCUACCUCGCACGUGAAUAGAGACCUCCUACAUCGCAUCUCUGCCAUCGAGAGUCAGUUAGCGAGACUAAGCGAUCCCCGAUCUGACCCUGGCUUCAGACGGCUUAGCGAGAAAAGUGAUGGGCGAGAUGACUGUGCGAGCCAAGUUUCGCCUUUAGAGGACGACAUUAUUGUCGGCUCAAACACAACCCCCUCAGGCAUCGCCGCCGAAAGGCUAGCCGACGGGAACCUUCCAAAGUGCCUACUUCUCGCCAUCCUGGCAUCGGCAUUGCGAUUCUCCGACCACGAAUACUUCGAAGGUGCAACUCGCGAAGCGACGGAAACCUACGCUCGGGAAGCUUGGCUUUCUGUUUUAAGCGACCACAUGACCGCGGACAACUCGCCCCAGCUAUAUGUUGCCCAAACUACAAACAUUCUUGCCAUUGUUGAUUUUACGGCUGGUCGGACGAGCUCUGGGUGGCUGAAAAUUGGCCUAGCCAUCAGGAUAGCCCAGGAUCUGCAGUUGAUGAAGGAACCUGACGCUAGGCUACCUGCGCCAGAGCAGGAAGAACGAAGGCGCUGUUUCUGGUCGGUGUACCUACUCGACAAGCUAGUAUCUUGCGGCAGAGACCGCCACCCGGCCCUGCUGGACGAUCGCUGCUCUCUCCUCGACUGGAACGAGGAUCUGAACGCACUCAGCGGGAACUUCUCGCUCGCGAUACUCGCCGGAUCCAUUCUAGGCAGGUGCACCCGGAUUACGUUCCACGAUCGCGAAGUAGACGACCUACCUCCGUGGGACUUGGGAUCCGAGUACGCGUCUUUGAACUCCGCCCUCCUCUUGCUCGAGUCCCGUCUUCAGAUCAGCACACAGCCCAUAAUUAAGCGAUGUUAUCAACGCGACUCGCUGCCAAGAUGGUACUGUCAACCACCAAUGAAGGUGCUGCGCGAUGCGGAAGAGGCUGGCGGCCACCUCGGCGCGUCCUUCUACGCCUAUGCUACCUGCGUGGCGGGCGGCAUCCUGUUGCUGAACCAACAUGCAGAGCUUCAUAAUCAGGCAGCUCGGUAUUCGGAACUUAUGAGCGCGACGCAGAUGGCUAUAGAUAUCCUAGAAAAGCUGGGCUCCUUCUGGGACCAUGCCUCGCAGAUCUACCAUCGACUUCUCAACUUCAACGCUCAGGCUCACGCCUUUGCCUCGCUACUAGACUCGACAAUACCGCCGAAUAUUAACGCAGAGGCAGAAGCCACGCUAUGGAGCAUGGUCGAUUACGGGCAUAUGUGCGGGGACUCAGACCUCGCCCUCCCCAAUUCUUGUGCUACAGUGCCAGCAGAACCACGCACGACAGGAGCGCCGGUCUCCCGUCUCUACCCAUCCUCCGAGGCUGGAUUUGCAACCGACGUUGACCUUGCGACUCUGGCAAACGGCGAGGCUUUCGAUGUUAUAAACUUUGAUAGUCCGGCAACGGGGUAUCUUUUAGAUUUAGCCUCUGGUGGAGGAUGA